GCCGCGGUUCAGAAGUUAUAAGGUAAUAAGCAAACAGACAUUCACAUUUAUAUAUAUAGGUGAAUUCAAGUUUGCCUGCCAAUUCUUAUGGUCUUAAAGUUAUUCCAGCCUAUGUUGAAAAUGCAUUGUUGCCAUGGCGUAUGAGUUAUCUAUCAACAUCAAUAUUUAGUCCGGUUAUGCUUCCAAGCUUGUGCUCAUUCACCUUGGUUUUUUCUUUAUUUGCAGAUUUUUGCGAAUAGUUGAAAAUUCGUACAAUCUUUUACGGAAAUAAAAACAGUAUUGCUUUUGUUUACGUAAUUAACUAAAUAAAAAGAGAGAAAUUUCUUAAAAUUUUCAGCAGGCAUUUCGGGAGGGGUUUGAACCCCCAAAACCCCUACCUGCGUUCGCCCCUGAAUAAGACUAAUGCAAAAAAAGGCUUUAUUCUCUCAAAGAGUCACUAGACAGUUUUAUGGCUGUUUGCGCAACUGAUACGGAAUAUAAACAAAUGUAUGAUUGCAAAGUCCAGGCAGUAUCUUCUAUUGCCCCCUUCAUAUCAUUAAUUGGAACCCUAGACGAGCCACAAUCAUUCAUGAUUGACUUUGACAACAUCACUUACAAAGUUUUCAACUUCGCGAAAGCUGUGGAUAUAUGCUUUAAAACAUACAUUGUUUUUAAUAUGGCCUACGCUGAGCCAUGCGCUGCAAUGUGGGACUUCAUAAACAGGCAAUUUUAUCAGUUAACUAUCAACGCCAAGCCCAAGCCAGGAAUAAACGCACUGCUUAAUGAAAUUAAAAUCGCAACGGAAACAAACCUCGAAGAAGCUACGAAUCUGCCAAGUACCUCCACAUAAAAAUAUAAUGUAUAAGAAAGUGUAAAACCAUUAGUUUUUAUCUUUUCAUAAUUUAUAUCUUAAUUUUUG